AUGAAGUUCAUCCCUCUUUUCUUUGGUGUGGCCGCGACCACAAUCGCCCCCGCCUUCUCCUACAGCUUUCUCCGUGGAGACUCUGAGAAACAUGACGUUGCCUCUUUGUUCGACGAGAUUGAAGACUUGAAGAGUGAGUUCCAAGGACACCGCAACUUGGGAACUCCAUUCGAGAAUAGUUGCAAUGCCCUACAAGUUGAGAUUAAUGGUUGUAAGAAUGACAUCGCCUGCUUGAAAGGCAAGCUCCCUGCCGCAAAAGAGAAGGUCAAGGCCAAGAGGAAGGAAUGCAAGCCCAAGACCCAGGCUACCCGCCAAGCCCAGAAACAGUGGGUCAACAAAAGGGAAGCUUGCAAAAAGUUUAGUAACAAGACUACUUCCUUCGACAUCGAAUAUGAGCGUUUAACCAAGGUGUGGAAUGACCUCAAGGAUGAAAGGAAUCAAUGUCAACAAAAGUGGAAUGCUAAAAGGCAGGAAGCUAAUAAGGCCCCCAAGAACAGCGAAAAACAAAAACAGCUUAAAAAACAACAAGGUGACCUGCUAAAGAAAAGGGAUGAUCUCACCACGAAACGAAACGAUGCACAAAAAGCGCAACAGAACUACAAGAAGAAUGUUAGAGACCCGAAAUUCAAAGAAUGCAGGGAUAAUAGGGAUGAUAAUCAGAAGACUUUCGUUGCGAACAGAGAGGCGAGCAAACCGUGCGAAAGGGAACUCAGGAAAGCAGCCAACCUCAAGGAAAGACUGAAGACGAGGAUCGCUAAUAAGCAGGCGAUUAGAAAGAGCAGGCGUGCGGCGAGGAGGAAGCGCAAACGCCAAAAGAAUAGACGUAAGAAGAGCAAGGUGGAAGUUGAAAAGGAACUGGUUGCAGGGCAGUGUGUGGCCGAUCAUUACUGUGCUACAAUCCGUGGAGACCCUCACAUCACUACCUAUGAUGGCCUCAGGUUUGAUUGUCAAGGAGAAGGAGAGUUCGUUCUGGCAAAGACAAUCGAUUCCGACAAUACCUUUGAGGUGCAGGGCCGCUUCAAGUCUACUGGAAAAUCCAAGAUGGUCACCAUCACACAGGGUAUCUCCAUUACUACGGGCGUUGAAGGCGAACCUGACUUGGAUGUCUACACGGAGGAGGUCGAUGGGACUUGUGUUCUGAUGUACUAUGUCGAUGGCAACGCAACUGACUUCUCCGAGCCUGUUCCAGGCAUUUCCUUUGAGGACAGUGAAACUGACUACAUCUUCUACACUGGUUCUGGUAUCAUGUACUCUGUGUCUGCCAAGGAUGGGAAAUUUGGCUGUGUCUUGAACUCCAAGCUGUGUCUGCCAAGAUCGUUGGUUGACGAUGAAGACAUUGUUGGUCUUCUUGGUACUCCUGAUGGCUCACCCGACAAUGACUGGACCACUCCCUCUGGAGCUGAAAGAAACCAAGAUGACAUUGGAAAGCCCAUGGGAUAUGCAUACUGUACCACUGACUGGUGUGUUCGCAACGCGGAGGACUCUAUCUUCGGUUACUUGGAGGGCACCUCGCAUGCAGACUACUUCAACUGUGAUGCUCCAUAUGACGCGGAUGCUACUUCUGCGCUGGAGUUGGACCCUCCUGCGGAAUGUGAGGAGUGCUGCACCGCGUUGAAGGCAACAGAUCCUAUCCAGUACAGUGAAUGUCUUGAAGAAUGUUCAAAUGCCCCCACGGGAGAAGGUGUUGAACAAUGUGUCAUUGACAUUGAAGAUGCUGCGGCCCUUAAAGAUUCAGAGAAGAAGUGCAAGGACCCCGUGAUUCCUGAUGAGACAGACAGGUCUGGUGGUGACACUUGUGCGACAGACACAAGGCCCUGUCCUGAUGGAACUGUUCUUUCCCGUGUUGGGCCCAACUGUCAACGAUGGCGAUUUGGAGAGUGGCAAGUGGUACCGCUCAAGUAUGGCCGGGUUCCUUGUCCGAUACAGGCAGUCCAGUGGAAAGGUGGGGAUUACUCGAGAAGCCAAGAUCUACCUCGAGGGAUCCAAGGAAGCAUUGGAGCUGAAGACCUUCAAGAGCUUUGUCCGUGUUGA